UCAUGGCUGUUGAGAUUGUGGGGCUAUUUUUUCCCAAAUGCCUCAGCUAGCCUUUCUUUCUGGAUUUUCUUCAUGACAUCAUCUCCGUUGUGGAAUACUGGGAUAAUUCCUUUGAGAGCACAUUCUCGCCUGACCUUUUUUUUUUUUUUUUCUCCUUUUGGAUCCUCUGCUGGAAAAAUCCAAGCUCAGAUUGUAGCUGCAAUGCCACUGGUCUCCAUCUCCUAUCUUCAGGAUUCAGCUUCAGUGCCUGUUGGUUCUUCUGCUUGCUUUUAGUUGAAUUUUCGUUUUCUCUGUCCGAUUGAGGAAACUGACCUUCCCAUCAAAUGUCAGCGUUUUAUCUUGGGAAACUUUAGUUCCCUUUUGAGUUGUUCUUGGUGAGGUUUCUUGUGUGGACUUCUUCUUGUGGCACUCUGAGACUAUGGGUUGUGUGUUUAGCUUACCCGAGGAACGGUUGGCUGCUGCGAACAGGCCAGCGACUUCCAGGGAAACCAGUUUCAUUGAAAAAAUGAAGAAAACGGGCAAGAACAUCGUGGUGUUUUAUGGUUCACAAACUGGCACUGCUGAAGAAUUUGCCAACAGACUCUCUAAAGAUGCCCAUCGUUAUGGCAUGAAGGGCAUGGCAGCUGAUCCAGAGGAAUAUGAUAUGAAUGAACUUUCUCGUUUAAAAGAAAUCAACAACUCCUUGGCCAUCUUUUGCAUGGCCACAUACGGAGAGGGAGAUCCUACAGAUAACGCCCAGGACUUCUAUGACUUACUACAGGAGGGAGAUCUUGACCUGGAUGGACUUAAUUUCACGGUGUUUGCACUUGGCAAUAAGACCUAUGAGCAUUACAACGCCAUGGGCAAGUAUGUGGACAAGAGGUUAGCCGAGCUCGGUGCCCAAAGGAUCUUUGACCUUGGCAUGGGAGAUGACGACGGAAACCUUGAGGAGGACUUCGUGUCAUGGAGAGAGCAGUUCUGGCCAGCUGUGUGUGAACACUUCGGGGUCGAGCCUACUGGCGAAGAGUCCAGCAUCCGCCAGUAUGAGCUGAAGAUCCACGAGGACUUGAACAUGAAUAAGAUCUACACCGGUGAACUGGGACGCUUGAAGAGCUUUGAGAACCAGAAACCGCCAUUUGAUUCGAAGAACCCCUUCCUUGCUCCCGUUACCGUUAACCGCAAACUCAACAAAGGAGGUGACCGACACUUGAUGCAUUUGGAGCUGGACAUCACCGGGUCCAAGAUCAGGUAUGAGUCAGGAGACCACGUGGCUGUGUAUCCUACCAAUGACUCCAGCAUUGUAAAUAGACUGGGAGAAGUCCUCGGCGUAGACCUUGAUACCAUUAUCUCACUGAACAACCUUGACGAGGAGUCCAAUAAGAAACACCCAUUCCCGUGCCCCACAACAUACCGCACAGCUCUAACACAUUACCUGGACAUCACCAAUCCACCACGCACCAACGUUCUCUAUGAGCUCGCCCAGUAUGCCUCCGACCCCAAAGAGCAGGAGAACAUGCGCAAGAUGGCAUCAUCAUCUGCUGAGGGCAAGUCACUGUACCAGACCUGGGUCUUGGACACGUGUCGGAAUAUUUUGGCCAUCCUGGAAGAUCUGCCAUCCCUACGGCCACCCAUUGACCACCUGUGUGAACUUCUGCCUCGCUUGCAGGCUCGUUAUUACUCCAUUGCAUCCUCCUCCAAGGUUCAUCCCAACAGCAUUCACAUCUGUGCCGUGGUGGUGGAGUACAAGACUAAGACAAACCGCAUCAACAGGGGUGUUGCGACCAACUGGCUUAAGGCCAAAUUGCCCACUGACAACGGGUAUAAGGCCACUGUGCCCAUGUACAUCCGCAAGUCCCAAUUCCGGCUGCCCUUCAAAGCCAGCAACCCGGUCAUCAUGAUCGGUCCCGGCACGGGCAUCGCGCCAUUCAUGGGCUUCAUUCAGGAGCGCACCUGGCUUAAAGAGCAAGGUAAGGAUGUGGGAGAGACCGUUCUGUACUUCGGCUGCCGUCAUAAAGCCGAAGACUUCUUGUACCAGGAGGAGCUUGAGGCGUUUGAAAAGGCGAGAACACUGACGCAGCUCAAUGUGGCCUUUUCCAGGGACCAGGAGUACAAGAUAUAUGUGCAGCAUCUCCUGAAGAAGAACAAAGAUGAUGUCUGGAGGCAGAUACAUACAGAAAAUGCACACAUUUACAUCUGCGGAGAUGCACGUAACAUGGCUAGGGACGUACAGACUGCUUUCUACGAGAUAGCCGAGGAACUCGGUGGCAUGACACGCACCCAGGCUACAGAUUACAUCAAGAAACUGAUGACCAAGGGACGCUACUCGCAGGACGUCUGGAGUUAAAGAGCCCCCUCCACCUCUUCACAUGUCCUUUUGAAUUUGUAGUGUUUUUCAGGACUGCUUUUAAAUUGAAUGAAUGUUUUUGAACUUGGUAAAGGAAAAACAGGCUUUUGGCUCCCUGAAUGAAGUUCAUGUUCUGACUCUUGUCUGUGUAGAUUUACUCAGUGUACAUACAUAGAUAUAAUUUCAUACUGCGUGCUGUAACAUUUUCAACCCAAAUGUUCAGUUGUCACACAUGUAAUGGUCUCUCUGUAGUAUACAGCUCACGUGCUACGGUCUUCUGUUGUAGUGUUGGUGGAGAGCUACUGAACGUAGUCUUCAAUCUUAUGCAUAGACUUUAUAUUUGGAAUUGAGUAAAUGCGAGUUGGUAGUGGAAACUAACUUAAGUGGCCUGUUAUUGAUCCCAGUGAUCAGGGAGGCAGACUGGUUUAAUGAAGAAGAAGAAGAGGAGGAGAUGAUGAUGAUGGCCCAGUUAGUUAGAACUAUGCACUUGAUGCUAUUUGUACUGUAGCCUACAUGCAGAAAGAGGCAAUGCUUUACAUAGCCAACUGUAUGAGAACCAAUACAGCAGCAAAUUAUGUAGAAUAUACCUUAAUUAUUCUUCAUAAAAUAAUUUUUUUUUUUUUUUUGCUUUCAGUUUUAAAUAGCAGUCUUUCUCACACAUAGGCAAAACAUGUCCGACAAUGUGAUUCCAAGUUUUGUAAACCUCAUUUUACGUUUUCAACUCUGAUCAGAAUUUUGAAAGCUUUGUACCUGCCUCACUUUUUUUUUUUUCUUUUCCAUUUGAGUCUUGUAAUAUCACAUCAUGGAAAUAUGUAUCAUGUCUGUUGUGUGUGAAUAAGAAUGUGUACUGUGAUGGGUAGGACAUUCCCAGUUAGAGUUUUAAUGUAAUCAAUACAAAUGCUUUCCUUUCAUCCUUCAUUGCUUGAGAAUAUCUCCGAGCUCUUCUUAACCUCGUUUGUAGACAUUCAUAUGCAACAUUUUAUGGGACUAUGUGUUUGUUUACUAGUCAACAUGUGCCUUAUGGAAAGCAUUUCUUUAUAAAGUCUUUGUCGUUAUAAAUGAAAUUUGCAGAUCAGCAUUGCUUAUGAUGAAUGCAUUAUUUUGGAAGAGGAUACGUUAAAUGCGUACAGUUGCUGUUACUUAUUUUUGUCAGCAUUAUACAGUUUUAUAUGCAAUUAAUGGUUCCUAGAGUACUGCUAUCUAAGCAUGUGUUUUUAAAUUAAUAAAAUUGAGAAUUAAUUUUA